GGUGGAACGCUGCCAGGCUGAAAAGAAGAAAGAAAAAGAAGAAAGAAAAAGACAGAAAGAAGAAGAAAUAAAGAAGAAAGUGCAGAUAGAAGAAGAGAGAAUGAGGAGAGAAAUGAGAGAAAAGUUAGAAAGGGAAUUGAAGGAGGAAUUGCAGACUAUAGAAGCAGAAGAAGAGCCCGAUGAUGAAGGAGACAGACUCAUCAGGCGGCAAACGGAAAGGGGAGAGACUAGCCAGACAGGUGGGGAACUCCAGGUUAAACCGGUGGAUUGGUAUGACCAAUAUGCCUAUUCCGGUGACCUAAUUGAAGAGACGGAGGAGGAAAGAGAUACAUUCGUUGCAAAACUGGCAUCCAUUAAGGAUCAAAGGGAAAAGGAACUCUUGCUAGAGGAAAAGCGUGCAGAAUUGCAUAUGCAAAUGUUAGCAGCAAAACGGCAAGAACUGGACGAAAGGAAAAGACUGCAAAUCGAGGGCGCAAGGCUACAAAGAGAAUUGCAGGAUCGAAAGGAUAAGCAAGCUGCAACAGAAGAAAAACUAGCCCUCUUAACAGAAACAGUCCUACAUACGAAGCAAGAGUUAGAAGCAAUGAACAGAACUUUGCAGAAAGUUGAGACCCACCAAUAUGAGUUUGAGGGAGUUUGGAACACCUUUCUACAGAAGUCCGCAAAGGAUGUUGAUCAGCACAUACAGUUAUACAUUCAGAAAUUAGACAAUCACAUCACCCAGACCUUUACUCCGGCCGUGAUUGAGAAGAUAGUUCGUGGCAGCGGCGGAGGAGGAGGAGAUGGAGAUGGAGACGAAGAUGGGGGAGUUUACAAGAAAGGAAAGGGAAUGUUGCGGGAAGACAAAGACACUGAUGCAAGGAAAAUCAGAGUUAAAGUGCCGUGGACCUACACCGGCAAGAGAGAGGAAAGUGUCUUACAUUGGAUUGCGGCCGUAGAGUCCUAUGUGUACGGUCAGCGCAUCCCGUAUUGGGAUAGAGUCUUGAUGGCCACUCCGUGCAUUGUUGGCGAUCCAAUGAGCUUUGCCAUUUCGUUGCAAAAAGAAGCAAAUUGCCAAACCAAGAUCGAAUAUUCACAGCAAACAAGAAUUGAAGAUUUCUUUAAGGCAGUAAGAGAACGAUUUGAAGAUAAGAAUCUGGCUCGCCGAACUUAAAUGCUAAUUUUAAAUAUUGCGGAUCGGAAAUGGAACAGUGCGUCUGCACUUAAAGCAACAAUGGAUGAAUUCUUGGAAUGCGCUGAACAUGGACUGACUCCUACUCAAAUCCUCAAUAACUUCGCAAGAGCAUUGCCUGACCCCCUCCGUACUCAGCUUUAUCCCCGUACCAAGGACGAGGGGAUGACCUACGAGAAGUUCAACAAAAUCGCUAUAGAUCA